AUGGGGGACUGCAGGAAGAUCAGGAACAUCUGCAUCCUCGCGCACGUCGACCACGGGAAGACGACGCUGGCGGAUCACCUGAUCGCCUCCAGCGGCGGCGGGCUGGUCCACCCGAAGCUGGCGGGGCGGCUGCGAUUCAUGGACUACCUGGACGAGGAGCAGCGGCGGGCCAUCACGAUGAAGAGCUCCUCGAUCGCGCUGCAGUACCAGGGCUACUCCGUCAACCUCAUCGACUCCCCGGGGCACAUGGACUUCUGCAGCGAGGUCUCAACCGCCGUGCGGAUGAGCGACGGCGCCCUCGUCCUCGUCGACGCCGUCGAGGGCGUCCACAUCCAGACCCACGCGGUCCUCCGCCAGGCCUGGGUCGAGAAGCUCACCCCCUGUCUGGUGCUGAACAAGAUCGACCGGCUCAUCACCGAGCUCAAGUUCACCCCCAUGGAGGCCUACACCCGUCUGCAGAGGAUCGUCCAUGAGGUCAACGGCAUCAUGAGCGCCUACCGGUCGGAGAAGUACCUCUCGGACGUGGACUCCCUCCUCGCCGGGACCGGCGGUGGCGGCGGCGACCUGGAGCUGGUGGAGGACGAAGGGGACGACGAGGACACCUUCCAGCCGCAGAAGGGGAACGUCGCCUUCGCCUGCGCGCUGGACGGGUGGGGCUUCUGCAUCGGCCGAUUCGCCGAGAUCUACGCCGCGAAGCUCGGGGCGAGCGCCGCCGCCUUGCUGCGGGGCCUGUGGGGGCCGCGCUACUACAACACGAAGAGGAAGAUGAUCGUCGGGAAGAAGGGUGUCGACGGCGCAGGCAAGGACCCCGAGCCCAUGUUCGUGCAGUUCGUGCUCAAGCCCCUCUGGCAGGUCUACGAGGCGGCACUCGGCGACGGCGGCGACAGGGGGGUGCUCGAGAAGGUCAUCAAGAGCUUCAACCUCUCCGUCCUUCCCCGGGAGCUCCAGAACAGGGACCCCAAGCUCGUCCUCCAGGCCGUCAUGAGCCGGUGGCUCCCGCUCUCGGAGGCCGUCCUCUCCAUGGUCGCCAAGUGCAUGCCUGACCCCGCCUCUGCCCAGUCCCUCAGGAUCUCCCGCCUGAUGCCCAGGAGGGAGGAACCGGCGGCGGUGACCGGCGGCGGCGGCGCCUCCGAGAUCAUCUCCGAGGCCGAACGCGUGAGGAGCUCCGUCGAGGCCUGCGACUCCGGCGACGACGCUCCCUGCGUCGCCUUCGUCUCCAAGAUGUUCGCCGUACCCUUCCGGAUGCUCCCUGCCGGCGCUGCUCCGGCGGACGACGCCGCCGGCGACUCUGAGGAGUGCUUCCUGGCCUUCGCGAGGAUCUUCAGCGGGGUCUUCCGCGCCGGGCAGAGGGUCCUCGUGCUCUCGUCCCUGUACGACCCGCUCAAGAGGGAAUCCAUGGAGAAGCACAUCCAGCCGGCAGAGCUGCACUCUCUGUACCUGAUGAUGGGGCAAGGUCUGAAGCCGGUGGCGGCGGCGAGCGCCGGCAACGUGGUGGCGAUCCGAGGUCUGGGCAGGCAGAUCCUGAAGAGCGCGACGCUCUCCUCCACCGUCAACUGCUGGCCAUUCUCGAGCUUGAUGUUCCAGGUGGCCCCGACGCUGAAGGUGGCCAUCGAGCCGUCUGACCCUGCGGACAUGGCGGCGCUCGCGCGGGGGCUGAGGCUGCUCGACCACGCCGACCCCUUCGUGGAGGUCACCGUCUCCUCCAGAGGGGAGCACGUCCUCGCCGCCGCCGGCGAGGUCCACCUGGAGAGGUGCAUCAAGGACCUCAAGGACCGGUUCGCGAAGGUAAGCCUGGAGGUGUCGCCGCCGCUCGUCUCUUACAGGGAGACCAUCGAAGGGAACGCCCCCAGCCCGCUGGAGGCCCUGAAGGUCGUCCUCUCCGGCGCCGGCGACGGCGUCGUCGAGAGGACGACUCCCAAUGGCCGCUGCCUUGUCAGAGUCCAGGUUAUGAAGCUCCCCGGUUCCCUGACCAAGGUCCUCGACGACGGCGCUGCCGUCCUCGGACCCGUCCUGGAAGGUAAGGAGAGGGUGGCCGUUACGGGAGCAGGCGGAGGAGAACACAGACAAAGCGACGAUUCGGCGGUGGAGGCGCUCAAGAAGAGGAUCUUGGACGCCGUCGACAGCGAGGUCGAAGCUGCCUCCGAGCACCUCGACGGAGACAAGGUGGAGAGAUACCAGAGCUCACUGCUCCUCCUCCUUCGGAGGAUGUGGGCGCUCGGCCCGAGGCACGUCGGCCCCAACAUUCUCCUCGUUCCUCCUUCGGGUGCGGCGGCGGAUUACAAGGAAGGCAUUCUGAUAGCCGGGCCGCCGCAGGUGUCGGAGAGAUUGGGGUUUCUCGGCGGCGGCGGUGGCUCCGAUUCAGGCGCACAGUACACUGCCGCCACCGGCGCGGAGAACGCGGGGGAGUUGCUGAGCUUGGAAGCCGAGGGGUUGAAGAGCAUCGUCGUCUCAGGUUUCCAGCUCGCGACGGCGGCGGGCCCUCUGUGCGAGGAGCCCAUGUGGGGCCUGGCCUUCCUGGUGGAGGCCUUCCUCUUCCCCGGCGCGGCGGAGCAGCAGCAGCAGCAGCAGCAGCAGGACCUGUACGGUCAGGCCAUGACGGCGGUGAAGGAGGCCUGCAGAGCCGCCGUGCUCAGGUCGAAGCCGCGACUGGUGGAGGGGAUGUACUUCUGCGAGCUGAGCACGACGACGGAGCACCUGGGCCCGAUGUACGCCGUCCUGUCGCGGCGGCGGGCGAGGAUCUUGAAGGAGGAGAUGCAGGAGGGGUCCCCGCUGUUCACGGUGCACGCGUACGUCCCGGUGGCGGAGAGCUUCGGGUUCGCCGACGAGCUGCGGCGGUGGACCUCAGGGGCGGCGAGCGCGCUGCUGGUGCUCAGCCACUGGGAGGCCCUGCCGGAGGACCCCUUCUUUGUGCCGAAGACGGAGGAGGAGCUCGAGGAGUUCGGGGACGGCGCCAGCGUCCUCCCGAACACCGCCCGCAAGCUCAUCGACGCCGUCCGCCGGCGGAAGGGCCUCCCCGUCGAGGAGAAGGUCGUCCGGCACGCCACCAAGCAGAGGACACUGGCCCGCAAGGUCUGA